GCCUCCCAUUCCCAGCGCCGCCAAUCCUCCCGUCCUCGGCUAGCCUAGCACGCCCUCGCGUGGCCGCGUCGAAAAGAGGCCUGGUAGCUAAGCUCCGCCCCAUCGCGCGAUUGGCUCUCCAGAGGCCUGGAUGGCGGCGCCGCAUCCUUGUGGGGACGCGCCGUGCUGCUCGUGCCCGGGAGGGGUGCCCGGUGUGCAGCAGACACUGGAAGAGAUGGACUUCGAGAGAGGCAUCUGGUCGGCAGCCCUGGACGGAGACUUGGGCCGUGUGAAGUCUUUCAUCCAAAAGCCCACAGACCCCAGCCAACCCGACUCAGCUGGCUACACCGCCCUGCACUACGCCAGCCGCAACGGGCACUAUGCUGUGUGCCAGUUCCUGCUGGAAAGCGGAGCAAAAUGUGAUGCCCAGACGCACGGGGGAGCCACAGCCCUGCACCGCGCCAGCUCCUGCGGCCACACGGAGAUCGCACGGCUGCUGCUGUCUCAUGGCUCCAACCCCCAGCUGGUGGACAGCGACGGCAUGACCAGCCUCCAUAAGGCUGCUGAGAGGGGACACGGGGCCAUCUGCUCCCUGCUGCUGCAGCACAGCCCGGCCCUCAAGGCCAUCCGGGACCGGAGGGCACGGCUCGCCUGCGACCUGCUGCCGGGAAACAGCGCCCUGCGGGACCUGCUGGCCAGCUGAAGUGACCACGCCAAGCUGUGAGCACAGACACAGGGCCACAGCCUGCCCCACCUCCUCAACAUCCACACUGCAUACCCAGAACACCCAGGGCUGCUUCUAGCCAGGGUGGCAGCCAGGCGGGGCUGGCAGCAUUUCAGCCAGGACAGACGAUCCCAUUCUGAGUUAUUCCUGUGGAGACGUCUACCCACUGGGAAAAAAUAAAGUAUCUCCUGACCUCAU